AUGACCAAGACCACUCGCGACGACGGCUGCGUUGUGAUUGACAGAAAUGGCGUGAUUGAGAAUCGACAUGAGCUUCACGCCGUAGUCGUCGACUCUACAGGAAAGACCUUAUUCGUUGUCGGCGACCCGAAUCGGGUGACGCUGAUCCGCUCGGCAGCCAAACCCGCGCAGUCGGUGGCCAUUGUCGAGACCGGAGCUCUCGAAAAGUAUGGCCUAGACGAAGCUGAUCUCGCCCUCAUGUGCGCCUCUCACAGUAGUGAGGACCGGCAUGCCGAGCGGGCCAGGAGCAUUCUGGCAAAGGCAGGAAACUCUGAAGAGAGCUUACGCUGUGGUGGCCACCCCGCCCUCAUGCCGGAGAGGAACAAGGCAUGGAUACGGGCCGGCUUUGAGCCAACACCCGUGUGGAGCAACUGCUCCGGGAAGCACGCAGGCAUGCUGGCCGCUGCUCGGGCUAUCGACACGGAACCGGAUCAUUACCAUGUCCUCUCCCACCCUCUCCAGCAGCGCGUGAAGCGGGUCACGGAGGAGAUUGCGCGGCUGCCUCCGGAUCAGGUCCGAUGGGCCAUUGACGGCUGCAACAUGCCCGCACCGGCUUACCCUCUCAUCUACCUGGCCAGGACAAACGCCGCGUUUGCCGAGGCGGCGGAUGCGGUGGCGCGGGACGGCGACCUGGACGCGACGACGACGACGACGACGACGACGACGACGACGACGCCGCGGCAGCGCAACAUGGCCCGGGUCUUCAACGCCAUGUCGACGUACCCCGAAAUGGUUGCCGGCGAGGGGCGCUUCUGCACCGAGCUCUUGCGGGCGUUUGGGGGCCGGGUCAUUGGCAAAGUCGGCGCGGAUGCCUGCUACGGCGUCGGUAUCCGCGCAUGCGAGGAGACGCGGCGCCUUGGUGCGGUUGGAUCUGUGGGGAUUGCGGCAAAGAUUGAGGAUGGCAACAUGGACAUACUAUACAGCGCAGUCGCCGAAAUCUUGGCCCGGCUUGAUAUUGGCGCAGCGGAAAUGCGCAGUGCUCUGGACAGCUUCCAUUCAGUGGCUAUCAAGAACACUGUGGGCGUCGUCACUGGUCACGUAUCUUAUCCAUUCAAGUUGCAGGCUGUCUAA